GUUCUAGGGGCUAUUUCGCCAACAGCCGGCGCUGUGCAGCGUUUAGUCUAGCAUGAGACAGCCGAGGGUGAGCACCCACAAAGUUUUCACACAGUAAAAGGAGCGCAAGGGGACCGAUCACUCGGGAGGGACGCGUACCACCAUGUACAAGAGCAGCUACGCGCACGAGGUGCGCAGGGAGAAGUACGAGCGCUCGGAUGUCUUCGACGAGGAGCCCGCGGGCUUUGAAUCGUCUGCGGGCAAAUCCGCCAUCCAAGGCUGGGAGAGCCUCCAGGAGCUCAACAGCCGCUUCGCCCGGUACAUCAACAGGGCACGAGUCCUGGAGCAGCGCAAUGCCGUGUUCCGCAAGCAGCUGGAGACGCUGCAGCGGAUGGAAGAGGCCAGCGGCCUAGAGGAGGCCUUCACACAGCAGACCGAAGUCAACAGGAAGCGCAUCCGAGAGCUGUCCUCCGACCAGGCCAAACUAGAGCGAGAGCUGAAAGAUGCUUGCCGGAUGCUGGAUGAGUUCACCUGCAAAUAUAGAAAUGAAUGUGAAUUUCAAGAGCAGCUUCGGGGCACACUGGAACAAUUGAACAAGGAGGCCGACAGCUCUCUCCUGAGAAACCUGGAAUAUCAGAUCCAAUCACAGUUCCUGCAGGACGACGUCAACUCCACCAGAGACCGACACAAGAAGAACCUGGCAGAGAUCCAGACAUAUGUAAACAUUUUAAAGCAAAUCAACCAGACUCUCCCCCUUGCUCCCAAUAUGUCAGCGGGCAUCUCCGAGGAACAGGAGAAGCUGCAGGCCCAGCAGAAAGUGCCGGUGCUGCAGAAUCAGCUGGAGGAAUAUAAGAGCGCCCUCUGUCAGCUGCAGGCCCAGAAACAACGUCUACAGACUGAGACUACUGUGUUGGAGCAAACCAUCAAAAACAAACAGGAGCGUUACGACGAUGACAUUCAGACGUUUAAUGAGCGGAUUGACUCCCUGCGGAAGGACAUCGAGGAGGCCGAGCAGUCCCUCGAGAAGUUCACCAGUGAAUGUCGUCACCUGGCCAUGUACCAGACGUCGCUUGAGAAUGAGCUGGAGAGGUACAAGAGGAUCAUCGAGAACGAAGACCACAGGUUGAAUUCAGCAAUAAUUGGGACUCCUAUUACCCUGUUCACCUCUAAUUUCCAGUACCCUCCCACACCUACGACAUCAAGCCCGGGACGAGAUAUCACCCAGGUUAUUCAAGAUAUCACCAGCAUCAAGCCCCGCCAGAAGAUCCUGGCAAAGAAAGUUCUCAAGAUCAAAGAAAUGACUCCAAAAGACGUGAGUGACAGUGGCCCGGAGGACAGAAAUGUGGGAGCUGCUGUAGAGGCGGCCGAUGAGGAAACAAAGGGGGUCCCGUCUCUGGAAGUGCAGGAGGAGAUGGUGAAGAGAAAAGAGAUGAGGUCCGCGUUCACCGGAGUGUCUCCACAGGACGUCCCGGACGGAGCUCAAAUCAGCAAGGCCUUUGACACUCUGUGCAACAUCGUCAGAGACAGGAUGAGGAAGUACAAGAAGCCUGAGCCGAUCGCUGACUUCUACACGAAGGGACGCUACGUCCUUGUCACUGGCGACGGCAGCUACCCAGAUCCGUGCUUCUACACCUCCACGCCAUCGGGCGGCCACAUCUUUGUGACUAUUAGAGAUGAAAUGAUGCCUCCCUAUGAUCCUUACACACCCGUCACACCCAUCACUCCCUCUCCUCCCCCCAUAGUUGACCCCAGGCCUCCCAGUCCCACCCCGCCCUCCAAGGGAGGAGGAGGAGGAGGAGGAGGAGGAGGAGGAGGAGGAGGAGGAGGAGGAGGAAAAGACGAUGACAAGGGUGGAAAAGGUAAGGACAAGGGCGGUAAAGGAAAGCAUAAGAUUGAAGAUCCUCCUCCUGACUCUGAAGAUCCGAGCCCACUCCCGUCACCCUCGGGCCCUAAAGAUCCCACCCCAGCUGCCGACCAUCCCAAGAAAGGCCGGGGGGACGUCGGGCCCGCCCCGAAGCCUGCGCCUCGCGGAGCCAGCACCAGUUCUAGCUCCAGCUUCAAUUCCAGCUCCAGCACCAGCUCAAGCAGCUUCACCCCGGACGCAAUGAGCUACGAGAAGCUGGAGGUGAUGGAGUCUGUGAAGAAGUUCUCCGGCGACCGCAAGGUUAAGGGUUACGAAGAGACAUCCGUGGUGGUGGAGACCAUGAUCGAGAAGUCCAGCAAGAAGAAGCAUUGAAACUACUUCAAAUGAGAAUUGGGUCCCCUCCUCCGCGGUUCAGGUCCUCUGACAACAACAGUGAUGAAUACUGCUCUUCCUCAAAAUACCGUAAAAAAAAACUGAUACGUUUUGCCCCUGAAGGAUACCAACCGAGGUCGAAGACCAACUACACAUCCCUGCUCUGAAACGCAUCGCUCCUCCAGUUGCUUGCAGUCUCAAUACGUUGUGCUGGCUCCACGAGUACUGCUGCUGCUGUUCAACUUAACAUCCAUGCUACGCUCCUUUUCCUGUUUGAAAACUUGGGAAAAUGAAAAAAAAGCUCCAUGCCACCACACACAAUCUAAUAAGAAAAGAAAGAAGUUGUGCCUCCCCUCUGAACUCUGUCUUUGAACUCAAACUUUCCCCUUUGAGCUGAUUUGUUCAAUUCGAUGACACUGCCUGCCCUCAGCACAAUUUUGCUGUGUAUUAAUUUGCUUUGAUAUAUUGAAUAAUAAAAAAAGAUUCCGACAUCAA